AUGGAAAUAAAAAAUAAAGGUAGGCCUACUCCAGAUUUAAAUAUUAAACAAAUUACUAAAUGUAAAACGAGAGAUUAUGUAAGACAAUUUAAAAAUGAUAUAUAUAAAACUAAUGACUGGAUUUGUGGUUGUUCAGAAACAAAUCGUUUGUAUUGUUUUCCCUGUCUACUUUUUGGUCAAAAAUCUAAUGAUGCCGCUUGGGUAAAGAAUGGAAUAAACGAUUUAAUUCAUUUAACUUCUAAAAUCAAAACACACGAAAAAUCAAUGACACACAUAAAUUCUCAAUUAAAUUUAAAACUAUUAGGGAAACAAGACAUAAGACAACAACUUUCUACAUUUGAGCUUGCACUCCGAGGUCACGAUGAAAAAUCAAAUUCAGAGAAUCCCGGCGUAUUUCGAGGUCUUAUAAACUUUAGUUCAGAGUUAGAUUCGGUACUAAAAUGUCAUAUUGAGAACUCUUCGGUAUUUAAAGGUUUAUCCAAAUCAAUCCAAAAUGAUUUACUAGAAUGUUGUUUAGCUGUAUGUCAACAAAGAAUUAAAAAUGAAAUAAAACAAGCAGAAUAUAUUUCUGUAAUGGCUGACGAAACAACUGACGUAUCUGCUCAGUUUCAAUUGUCAAUAAUAUUUAGAUAUUUACUAUCGGAUGGAACACCAGGAGAAAGAUUUUGGGGAUUUUUCAAUCCUACUGGACACGAUGCGAAAUCGUUGUCUGAAUGUAUAAUAUUUAAUUUGGAAAAAGUCCUAAAGUCACUAGAUAUGUUGAUUUGUCAGAGUUACGACGGCGCAAACGUGAUGAGUGGACGUCUCAAUGGUGUACAAAAAAUAAUAAACAAUAGCUAUAAAAAUGCACAUUUCAUACAUUGUUAUGCUCAUCAGCUUAAUUUAAUUUUAAUUCAAGCAACUUCACAAAAUCGUGAGAUAAGAAUUUUUUUUUCAAACCUAACUGAUAUAACCAAUUUUUUUUCCAACAGUCCGCAGCGGGUUACGGUUUUAGAUAAAAUUGUUAAACACAGAGUUCCUCGAUCAUCUAAUACUAGAUGGAAUUUUAAAAGUCGAAUAGUAAAUACUGUGUAUGAGAAUCUUGAGUCGUUAAUUGAAUGUAUGAAAGAAAUUGAAUCAACAUUCAAUCAAACCAUACCAAUUAAUCAAGCUGGAGCUUUGCAUCGGAUGUUAAUUGACGAUAGAUUUAUAUUUUGGUUAAGAGUGUUUCAUUCUUUAAUGCCUCAUGUUGAUAUUUUAUAUAAUCAACUACAAAAACCAACUAUGGAUCCUGUAGAACUUUCAAAGGCAAUUUUUCGGUUCGAAGAAAAUAUAUUAAAAGAAAGACAGAAUAUUGAUAACAUCUUUGAAACUUCUCAAAAUCAUCCAACGAAAAAACGAAAACAUGAUGAUACUAUUGAAACAAGAAAAAUCGCUGCAAAAGAAGUAUGUGACAUUUUUAUUGUCAACGUUAAAGAACGGUUUGAUUAUAAAAACCACUUAAAUGCUUCGCACCUAUUUUUAUCUACCAAAUUUCUUAUGUACGAAAAUAACUUCCCAGGUGACCAUUUUAAUAAAACAAUUGAAGCAUAUCCUUUUUUGGAUGUUACUAAACUUAAAACUGAACUACAACUGUUCUACAAAAGAACCGAUUUCCCUGAAGCCGAAAGGUCGUUUUCUACAUUGAAACGUAUUAAAACAUUUUUGAGAAAUUCAAUGACAGAAGAUCGACUUACAGCACUAGCUAUGUUAUCGAUCGAAAAACGGAUGAUCAACAACAUUCCAAACUUCAACGAAGAAGUAAUAAACAGAUUUGCAGAAAAAAAAGAGAGGAGAAUCGAUUUAACAUAUAAAUAUGUACCUGAAAUAUAA